AUGGUGAUGGCAGUAGUAUUUGUUGUUUUAUUGGCCACAACAAAAAGAGUUGAAAGCCGCAAGGCUCUGAGGGAGAAUGCAGGAGGAGAAUACUUCGAGCACUGCGCCAUAAGUUGCAGAGCCAAAAAGUCUGAGGCCCUGCCUUCGGAGCUCAAUGGUGUCAAGGAAAGCGCUACUAGGGGCAAAUGGAGUUGUUGCGGCAAGGGCAAUCGGAAAAACUAUAUUAAGAAGUUAGACAAGGCCAUUUUGGGAGGGGCAGAGAAGUGGAUUUCGGAGUGGGAGGAGAUGUUCGGGUCGGAGCUCCAAGUCGUGGUUCUCAGGUCGCGGAAGGUGGAUCUGUAUGAGACAGAUUUUGGAUGGGGCAGGCCUAGAAAGAUAGAGGAGAUUGGAAUUGAUGGUGUGACAGGCAUUUCACUCAGUGAGAGUAGAGACAUGUCGGGUGGCAUUGAGGUUGGCUUGGUCCAACCAAAGCCUCGAAUGGAUGCUUUCACAACUUCAAUCAUCGAGGGACUCAAUGCUAUUUCAUGA